CAGCUUACUGUGUUGUGGCAGUGGAGUCUGUUGGUAGACAGAUUACAAUGGCCUUUCUUGAACGUAUCAAGGAGGAUUUUACUAAAAGAUAUGGGGGAGGAAAGGCUACAACAGCAGUUGCUAAAAGUCUUAACAAAGAAUUUGGACCAAAGCUGAAAGAGCAUAUGCAGUACUGUGUGGAACAUCCAGAGGAGGUUAGCAAACUUGCAAAAGUGAAAGCUCAAGUUUCUGAAGUAAAAGAAGUUAUGAUGGAAAACAUUGAGAAGGUUCUUGACAGGGGAGAGAAGAUUGAGGUUUUAGUGGACAAAACAGAGAAUCUUCGCUAUCAGGCACAAGAUUUCAGGCAGCAAGGAACCCAGUUGAGGAGAAAGAUGUGGUAUCAGAACAUGAAAAUCAAGCUAAUAGUUUUUGCUAUCAUAAUUGCCUUGAUUCUCAUUAUUGUUCUUUCUGUGUGUCACGGCUUCAAUUGUGGUGGAUGAUUCUCCUUUAUCAAGAACUGUAGCUUCAUGGGAUUGUUUUUCUUUUUGUUCUUUUUUUUUUUUUUUUUUUUUAAUUUAACACUGCGUUUGCAUAAAACGAACAUCAAAUAUUUGUUUAUUCUCAAAGAAAAAUGCAAGAAUGGAAAAUUGGUGCAUACUACAGUACUUUAGCCAUUUUUCAUUUCUCUAGCAUCUAUAUGGAUUUUGGAUAAUUGUAUAAAUUUGGUAAUUCUUUACUAUAAUAAAUCAA